AUGACAGCCGCGAACCCCAACGGCGAACCCCCAACGCCAGCCUCUAUACCGCCGCCAACCCUGAAACCCCAACCCCAGCCGCGCAAGCCCAACGCCAGCCGCGAAGCCCUAACGCCAGCCGCGGACCUCCUACAGCCUCUAAACCUAAUGCCAGCCGCGAAACACCAACACCAGCUGCGAAAUCUCAACGCCAGCCGCAAACCCGGAACCCGCGAGCCCCGUCAGCCGCGAAACCCCAACGCCACCAUCGAAACCCCACCAGCUGCGAAAUCCCAACAACAGCCGCAAAGCUCCAACGUCAGCUGCGAACCUCCAACGCCAGCCGCUAGACCCCAACUCCAGCCACGAGCAACCAACGCCAGCCACGAGCAACCAACGUCAGCCGCGAAACCCCAGCGCCAGCCGCGAAACCCCGAUGCCAUAGGCGUAACCUCGCCAGCCUCGAAACCCCACCAGCUGCGAAAUCCCAACUCCAGCCGUAAAGUUCCAACGUCAGCCGCGACCCCCAACGACAGCCGCGAAAACCCAACUCCAGCUACGAACCUCCAACGCCAGCCGCUAAACCCCAACUCCAGCCACGAGCCACCAACAUCAGCCGCGAAACUCCAACGCCAGCCGCUAAACCCCAACGCCAUCGUCGAAACCCCGCCAGCUUCGAAAGCCCAACGCUAG